CCAGGAUCCCUGCAGGAAGAGGGGAAAUCUCGACAUGGAAAAGCCCUACCGCGAAAAUGAAGGAAAACUGGAAAACGAGGGAAAGCCAGAAGACGCAGUAGAGCCUGAAGAUGAAGGAAAGUCAGACGAAGAAGAAAAGCCAGACGAGGAGGGGAAGCCAGCAAGGGAGGGCAAGCUAGAGGAUGAGGGAGAGCCAGAUGAGGAGGGACAACUGAAAGAUGGGGGCAAGGCAGAAAAGCAGGGCAAGUCGGAAGGUCAGAGCAAGCCACCAGGUGAGGGCAAGCCAGAAUCCCAGGCAAAGCCAGCCAGCGAGCCUCGGGCCGCCGAAAAGCGCCCGGCUGAAGAUUAUGUGCCCCGGAGCAAAAGAAAAACGGACAGGGGCACCGACGAUUCCCCCAAGGACUCUCAGGAGGACUUACAGGACAGGCAUCUGAGCAGUGAGGAGAUGAUGAGAGAAUGUGCAGAUGUGUCAAGGGCUCAGGAAGAGCUAAGGAAAAAACAACAGAAAAUGGGUAGUUUUCACUGGAUGCAAAGAGAUGCUCAGGAUGCGUUCGCCCCAAGGGGCCAAAGGGGUGUCAGGGGAGUGAGGGGCGGAGGUAGGGGCCAAAGGGGCUUACACGACAUUCCCUACCUUUAAUGCCUUUGGCCAUGGAUUCAGACUUCUCUGAUGAGAAUAUUGCCGGCCCUGCUUUCCCUGGUAGAUACCUGCCAGGCCCUGUGCUUUAACCUUAAGCUGAUAUUUUGCUUUAGGUGUCACUCUUGUUACCAGCAGCCUUUUGACCCAACUACA